AUGAACAAAAUUACCAGCCAGAAUCGACUGACCGAUGAAGAGAAGCCUUUCGACUAUCUUAGAGUAAUAUUUUUUUUGUUUUAGGUUUGUGGUAUUAUGUUUUUAUAAUUUAAAGUUAGUUAUUUUGAGCCAAUUCUAAAAAUUGAAAGAGUGAAUUUUAAAAAAAGUUAGCUAAAAUAUGUUAAAGCCUGAAUUUAUUUCUAAAAGCAAUUUUUACGCUAAAAAUAAAACUUUACUAAUCUGAACAUCAGAUCUCAUGAAUAACAUAACAUUGCUCUUUGUAAUUUCAGUGUUUAUCAAAAUGCCAUGUUGUGAUAAGUCUGAUAACCUUCACAUUGGCCGGCUUAGCUGAUUAUGUAUCAUACAGAGUGAAUACACUUCGAAUGCACGGUCUUAUAGAAUGUUGCGCCUUCUACUGUAUCGUAAUGGGGUAAGUAGAUUUUCAUUUUAUUUUUGUUGUUUAGAUUGAUGUAUUGUUAAAGUUAGGGCUGUAAGUUCUUAUAAUGUGUUGUAAUUUUAACUUUGGCACUAAAGAGUACUAUAGUUUGGCACAUUAAUACUAAGAGUACAGAACGGUACUGUUAUUUUAAAUUUUGAUGUUCUAUAAUAAUAUAAUUUGUUUAUAUUGUAACUUCAGAGUGAUUGGUAUUUUUGGAAGUGCAAGUCAUCGAAGAGCACUGAUUAUCGCCUUCAUGAUAAUGGGCAUUCAUGCGAUUCUGGUGUUUGUGCCGGCUACAAUUAUCGUCGCUUCAUUCGACAUUCAUUUUUAUAAUGUAAGUUAAUAUUUUGUUAGUUGAAAAUAAACAAAAAUAUGUUUAUCGUUUUGCAAAAUUUAAGUUUUUGAAAUUUAAGAUUUGUGGAGCAAGUUUUGUUAUUUUUUUUAAUUUUAAACAAUUACAGUCAAUAAUGUUGUUUUUUCAGCGUGAAUGCUACGGGGAAUGUGAUUGGCACCUACUGUCAGCGAGUUUACCACGUAACAGUCGAUGUCAAAUUCUAUGUGGAUCAAAUAUUGACGAUAAUAGGAGAAGGUAUGGUUUUUUGAAUUAGUAAACAAAGUUUUAGAUUUUUUGUUUUGUAUAGAAAGUUCUAGCCGUUUUGGACUGGUUCUAAAUUAUUGUUUGGCCGUUUAUAUAUAUUAGUUUUUUAAUUUUAUGAUUAAUAUUUUGAAAUUUGCAGCUCGAUGAGUCGUCUGGGAACGGACUAUCGUCUGGAUGCGGGCAUCAUCUCACUGGCGUGUCUCGAGCUCAUCUUAUCCUUGGUGACGACGGUGCUAUGCAUCAAACAAGUGUUCGGGUUAUGUUCGUUGAAUAAGGCACAUAAUUCGGUGAGAAUUUAA